AUGGAGGACGUGGACGUGUCGCGGCAGCUGAUGCAGAUGACUGACUUCAUCCGCCAGGAGGCCGUCGAGAAGGCCGUCGAGAUCGAGGCCGCCGCCGCCGAGGAGUACCAAAUUGAAAAAUUGCAACUGGUGGAAGCUGAAAAGAAGAAGAUCAGGCAGGAAUAUGAUAGGAAAGAGAAGCAAGUUGGCAUCAAGAAGAAAAUUGACUACUCGAUGCAGCUCAGUGCUUCCAGAAUUAAAGUUCUUCAAGCUCAGGAUGACUUGGUAACAGAUAUGUUGGAGUCAGCAAGGAAAGAUCUACUGCGCAUAAGCCGAGAUCACCAAACUUACAAGAAACUUCUCAAGAUACUUAUUGUUCAGAGUUUGCUGCGCCUGAAAGAACCAGCUGUGCUUCUCCGCUGCAGGAAGGAGGAUCUUGAACUUGUUGAUUCAGUUUUUGGAGUCUGCAAGCAAUGA